GUACCGUAAUAUUGUAUGGUUUUUGUUUUCAAAGUUGCCAAGUUCGUUGGCCCACUUGGUGUCAGAUAAAAACAUUGGUAGUUGUAUUCCUGUUUCAGUGUUUGCGCCACUGUGAAUCAACAAUAUGGCAAGAGUUCAAUCAGGACAAGUUUAGUUAGCACAGCAGCUGCAAUCGCCUAGAAGUCGGUCAUUUUUGUUCAUGAUAUACCCGUCCCAAUCUAUUGGACAUAUUGGAGAUUUCUACCGUAGCUGUUUUCAACUUUCAGUCUUCAGUAACAAAUAACAUAGAACUGGAUAAUGGGUGAACGCAAGGGAGUAAAUAAAUAUUAUCCUCCUGAUUUUGACUACAAAAAACAUGGAUCACUUGACAAAUACCACAAUUCUCAUCCGCUCAGAGAAAGAGCAAAGAAAUUGGGAGAGGGAAUACUCAUCAUUAGAUUUGAGAUGCCUUAUAACAUUUGGUGUAAUGGAUGCAACAAACAUAUUGGGAUGGGAGUUCGAUACAAUUCAGAAAAAAUCAAGGUUGGAAAUUACUAUACUACACCUGUGUACAAAUUCAAAAUGAAAUGCCAUCUUUGUCCUCAAUACUUCGAAAUCCAAACAGACCCAGCAAAUUGUGAAUAUGUUAUCUUGAGUGGUGCAAGACGGAAGGAAGAACGAUGGAAUGCAAAAGAUAAUGAACAAAUUGAAAUGACAGAUCAUUUGGAUAAAAAGAAACUAGCCACAGAUGCUAUGUUCAAACUUGAACACAAUGUAAAAGAUCAGAAAAAGUUAAUCAAUGCUAUACCAACACUCGGAGAAAUUCAGGAUAUACAAGAGGAAAAGAAAGAUGAUUAUAUACUCAAUAAAGUAUUGAGGAAAAAGUUUCGUGACAAGAAAAAGUCAUUGGAAGCAACUGCAAAACAAGAUCAAGCUCUUCUGGAUAAAUCAUCCCUCGACAUUAAACUUCUUCCUGAGCAUGAGCAAGACAAAAAUUUGGCAAAGCUUCUGAAAUAUGACACUGUGAAAUCAUUGGAGCAAAGCCAAGACGAGGCAAGAAAAAUUAUUUCAACAAAACCUGUAUUAGAAUCCACAUCAUCUGUAAUGGAGACAAAGAAAGUGGCUUCCAAAUUACCAAAAUCAUUGGGAUCAGCUCUUAUGAAAACAAUAGCAAAACCCAAUCUGUGGGAUGUAAGCACAACUUCAAAGCCAGCGAAAAGAACAAUUUCAAAUUCGGAUCCUUUGAAAACUCUUGGGAUUAAAUUAGCACGAAAGAAAUCUUCUGAAAGUCUACAAAAACCAGCUUCAGUUGGAAAUGCUCAAAAAUCAAAUUCAAACAAUAAUUCCUUUGAGGAGAAGACAUCUUUACCAAGUAGCAAUACACAAUUGAAUAAUAAAGAUAAUUUAAAAAACGAUAAUUUGUCAAAAUCACUUGUAGCCUAUGAUUCUGAAAGUAGUUCUGAUAGUGAUGUUUCAAACAAAGAUGUGGAUUCAUGAGAAAUUAUACUAAGUUGGUAAAAUUGUAACAAUUUAUUUUUCAAAUUAUAAAUACCAAAUUUCAAAUAACAAAUUAUUUUUUGUUGGAGUACUCAAAAUUGAACACAAUUUCCUAAUAUUGCUUGUCUAUAUACUAAGUGAAUCUCUCCAACAAGGUUUUUCAAUGAUAUUUCUCAGGAAGAAUCCUGUGGAGGAUAAUUAUGUGUGAGAGGAUUGCUUGACUUUUUGCCACCGUAGAGUGGUUUAUGUAGCCGCUGCAAGUCCAUGCAUCUGGAACAACUAGUGAACUAUUCCCAUACCCAACAUGGGCUGGUAACUGGACGAAAAUACCGUGGUUUGCCAUAUGAUUGAACUGUUAGGUCAACUUAUCUCUUUCCCGAAAAUCUUAUCCUACUUUUCUAAGUUGAUAAGAAUAGAGUGUAUAGUAUUCAGUUUCUGGUUUUUGCUAAUUUUUUUUUUUUUUAAAUUCCUCACUUGGCAGAUACCAUAUAAUAGUUUAGUAUUCGGAGAUUUUUUUUGUAUUUGAUUUUGAUCUGAUUAUUUUAUAUAUCAUCAUUUCGCUGCAUACUCAAAUAUACCAGGUUUUUUUUCAUAUUCAAAUUUCACAUGAAGUUUGUUUUACUGCUAUAAGAGCAGGCUUCAACAUAACUCUAAUUACUGCAAAACCGUAGUAAAUUGGGAGAUUAUCUUGCUUAUAAUGGUAUAUAGCGCAGCUAUUGCUUAGCUUGUUAUGGUCCAAUCCCCAAGUAAAUCCUAUCACUUUGUAUAUAUAUAUAUAUGGAUACAUAUUUGUGUACGCAGCUCCUUUACGGUCAAUUUAGGUGUGACUGUCUUUGUUUGCCAAGUAAACGCUCCUCAGUUCAUUCUUAUUUUAAUAUUAAAGCCUAAAGCCAAUCCCAUCUUAUAGUUUAUACAUUUGAAGACUGUUUUGUCUUCAUUUCAUUCAAGUAUAUUACAUUUCAAAGAUUUUAAUAUAGUUAUAUGACUGUUGAUAUUAUGUUGCACUGUGUAACAAAAAGCUAUGUUGAAUUCAAUCAUUAUUUUCAGUGUUCAAUUUCAGAAAAAAUUUAAAUUGACUUUGAAUGGAUAGUCAUAUAGGUACUGCCAGCCUGUAUUGAUAUACCGGUAUUAAUAAUCAGUAUAGAUUCUGAAGUAUUGGCUUCGAUUUUAAAAUACUGUUAACUAUUGCAACCUGCAGACUGCAAUCCGUAUACAGUAAUUGGUGAUCGCAUGUUUCUUUUUUAUUACACGAAUUUGUUCAGAGCAAGAUCAUGUGUACUCACUCAAGAGUGGAGGAAGCUCAUAUCUGAUCAGGUUUAUGGACAAAUACUGAAAUUCCAAUGGCUACUGAAAUUUAUUGCUAUAAGAUGGUACAUUACAUACCACCAAAUGCCAAUUAAAACUUAGAACAGUUGAAAUCUCUACAUCCUCUAAUCAUUUGGGUAUUAUUAAUGGAUGGAAAUGUUUUAAAAAUUAUUAUCUUAAUAAGAUUAUCUUAAUCAACUUCUAUAUCAUUUUACAG